UGACAACUCAAUGUCACAUUUUGCUGCCGUGUAUUUUAUUGUUGCGAAUAUUGCUGUAACACGUGUUACGAGUGCGUUGCGUUCAGGAAGGUCAAGUUUUGGCUGUCUAUUUGGGAAAUACAUAUCUGAAAGGAUUAUGGCCAACAGCAUGUACUGAAAUUCCUAAUAAUGCAAAUUUUGGAUACAUAUACAUAAACAGUUGAAGGUCGCCCAGAAACUCAAAAUAAUGGUAGAGAAGGCAACAAUUACAUGGGGAAAUUUGAAGAACAAUGUAUUGAUUAAUGUUUCAACAUAGAUAAACUGUUUGUUUCCAUUUACCAAAAGCUGUAUUUCAAAUCGAUGCAAUAGUGUAAAGGUGGAAGCUAUUCUGUUCGAAACAGGUGCCAUUAAUCGACAAAACAUAUCCUAUUUAGUAACCGGUUUUCGGGGUCUAUGAGCUGAGCUGAAUUUGUUUUUUUGAAUAUUUUGCAUUCUGGACUGCAAGUAUGCAAAGCCUGCUUUUAUUCUACAGAUACCUAAACCGAGAAGAAGUAAAAACUUGUUUCAACUAAUAGCUUAUCAAGCAUAGUUCUCGGCGGAAUGAAAUUUCAUGCUGUAUUUUCAUCGGGAAAAAAACCUCAUACCAUUAUUUUUAAGCACUGGUGUCGAAGCGAAAAACGCCAAGUAACGUGCUCCAUAAAUUGCUAUUUUGUUUUGUCAAGGUACACCCUAUAUUGGCCCCCCCAGUAAGGCUUAUCUACUGCCGCUUCGCUGUGAUUCCGUCAGUGUUGAUUUAGUGCAGUCACCCUAAUUCACGGAGUGUUCAAGUUGAUUUGGCGAAUCGAUGGCAAUCAGUUGAUCUUGUUCGCGUGAACGCACCGGACAGUAUUUCGUUCGCUGGUGGCCUAAAACAACCCGAUGUAGACAUGGUAAACCUGCCUUCAGGCUCAAAUGCGACGGGGAAUCCCGAGUCCUAUUCUGCACUGAAAUAUGGUGCUGCCACAUCGAUAACCACGAAAGAACCCACAUUUCGCAAAAGCUCCCUCAAAACCGUCUAUCGCUGGUUGGAGGCAAAACGCCAGGAUGACAGAGCGGAAGGUUUGUGGCGGAUUCAUGACGAUUUGUACGAUCUUACCGAAUUUAUUGGGCGCCAUCCAGGGGGAGCCGACUGGAUACGUCUGACAAAGGGCACCGAUAUAACGGAGGUUUUCGAAAUGCAUCACAUUCGCAACUAUGCUAGUCAACUCCUGCCCAUGUAUAAAGUACGGGUAGCACAUGAAAGAAGAACCAUUCGGUAUACGUUUCAUGAGCAAGGAUUUUAUCGAACCUUGAAACGAAAGGUUAGUGCUAAGUUGGAGACUUUGGAUCAGCGACCGGCACGAUAUUCAGAAAUAAUUCAGGACUUGUUGAUGAUUAGUACAUUUGCGCUGGCAUGGUUCGCGACUUAUAUGAACAGUUAUUUGGUGGCGGCUCUUUGCGGUUGGAUUUUAGCUUUGACGAUGAUUUGUGCACAUAACUUUUUCCAUCGCAAAGAUAACUGGAGGAUGUUGAUUUUUAAUUUAGCCUUUUUAAGUUACAGAGAAUGGCGAAUAUCGCAUGUGAUAUCUCAUCACUCGUAUCCCAACUCGAUACAGGAUCUGGAAUUGCUAUUCUUCGAACCGUUCUUGUGUUGGUUUGUGCACCCAAAAAAGAGCUUAUUACAACGAUUUGGGUCGUGGUUUCUUGAGCCCAUAGUUUAUGCUGUUCUACUUUCUGACGGACUUAUCAAAAGAAUUGUGGAAACUUGUACAACGGAAAAUAAUACGUUUUUUGUAGAAGAUAUGAUCCCUCUGGUAUUGCCCAUCUUCUUGUAUUCCACUUGUUCCCAAAGCUUAACGACAGUGCUCAUUAUAUGGACGAUCAUUCUUAUUGUAGCCAGUUUUUUAUUUGGGUUUAUUGGAUUGAGUGCAGCGCAUCAUCAUCCGGCAAUAGUCCAUUCCGGGGAUUUACUGCCUUCCGAGAUUGAUUUUGGUGUAUAUCAACUAGCGGCAACUGCGGACAGCUCUGAUAAAAAAGUUUGUCAGUUCCAAGUUCUGACGGGAUUUGGAGACCACUGCCUACAUCAUCUGUUCCCGACCAUGGAUCACGGAAUGUUGGCUCAAUUAUAUCCAACGUUUUUGGAAACGUGUGCUGAAUUUGAGCUGGAAUACCAAGAGUUUUCAUGGUGGCAAAUGUUCGUUGGGCAGUAUCGUCAAUUAGCUCGGAUUAUACCAUCAGAUUAUCUUGUAUCGUCUGAAAAAAAUAUCUGAUUUAGCGCUUGCUCAAUAACCUAUUAAUGGGCUAAACGGUUUGUUGCUAGUGUAUAAAUCUAAAAAUAAUAAAGUAAGGCGUAAUCGUACGUCAAGCAAA